AUGGAAAUCUCAAUCUGCACACCACAUCAUCUCUCGCCCUUCACCCUUUACGUUUCUCCCUCUCUACUCAUCAAUCCGUCUACUAGUCCCCCAUCACAUCCCUUCAAUAUGCAGUCAUUCCGUCGCGCGGCCACUCGCGCCACCUUCACCAGCUCGGUCACCGCCGCCGCUGCGCCCAAGUCGCAGGCCGUCUCUUUUGCUCUGCGUGCCCUGAACGCUGCUGCCAUCAGAUCCUUCUCCGCCGCCGCGCCGAGAGCCUUCUCCCGCUCCGUUGCGUUCCGUGAAGAGGGAGGCUUCCGCCAAACCGAGCAGAGGGGCCGCAGACAAGAUCCCAGCGAGCACGUUCUCUUCGUCCAAAACUACUCUUUCGAUGUGAAGGCCGAGGAGCUGAGCGAGGCUUUCUCCAAGUACGGCGAGGUUGUCGGCGUUGCGAUGCCUCCUAAGAAGAGCUUUUGCUUUGUCUACUUCAAGACCGCUGAGGCCGUGACCGAGGCUGCCGAGAACGUUGAUGGAACGUUCUGGCACGGCCGCCGCAUCGUCGCCAAGGCUCGCGACGCAAACGCAAGAGGACCCGCCAGAGAAAGGGGCGAGAGAGGCGAGAGAGGCAACAACAGAGCGGCCAAGAAGACCAUUUACGACGGCCCUCCCACAGGGACCAUCUACAUCGGUAACAUCUCCUUCGAGGCCUCUGACAAGGACUUGAACGACCUCUUUAGCAGCCUCAAGGACGUCAAUGACGUACGCAUCGCCGUGGACCGCGCGACGGGCUGGCCGCGUGGCUUCGCCCACGCCGACUUCACCUCCAUCGAGGCGGCGACGGCGGCCAUUGAGGUCCUCAACGAGACUGAGAUUCACGGCCGCAAGCUGAUGAGCGCCUACGCCCCCGCUUCCAAACCUCGUCGUGGCCCCCGUUCCGACAGAGACUCGUCGACGCAGGUUGAGGAGCGUGUCGAGAGCGAGCAUGCCCAGGCCGAGGAGGCGCAGAAGGAGCAGAAGCCCGAGGCUGGUGAGCAGCAGAACAACUGGAACGCCUAA